UUUCCUUUUCCCCGCUCUUUCUGCCGGAGAGAAAGCUGGCAUUGUUCUCCUUCUCUCUCGUCUUCUGUUCGUUUCUCUCACGCAGCUCUCUCUGGCUGACAUCCGUCUUCGCUUCUCUUGUCGCCGCUGCGCUGUGCCGCUUCUUGUCUUUUCUCUUGUCCCCGUUUUCGCUCCAUUCCUUUUCUUCUCGCGCGAGGCCUCCUGCUUGCCUCGACGGAAGCGCGCCUCCGAAGCAAGGAUACUGGUGCGUCGGUGGCUUCCUCGCUUCUUCUCGCCGUUCGUUCCCGAAGGCGACAGCGCCAGACACCGUCAUUUCGUCUGCCCUUCCUCGAUGGAAGGACACAAACCUGCGGAUGUGUAAUUAUGACUGUUUCGCGGAGCGCAUGCAGAGGUUCUGUGUGCUUGCAUCUGCACAGACAUCCAGGGAGGCAAGACGCUCUUCCGUUCGUCUCCACGACCUCCAGGCGAGGGCAGAGCAGCCAUGGAGACGGACGGCGUCUCGGGGGGCGCGAGCCGCCUGCUUGGGGAGGUGGAGCGAAGCGAUAAGAAACGAUUCCGGUCUGUUGAGGAGAUGAAAGCGGAGAAGAAACCUGCGCUCCUCCCUUCCAUUCGAACGGAGACGUCCUCGGCAACCUACAUGGUGCAGUCGUCGAGACCCCCGUGUCAAAACUUUUUCGCCUCCUCUGCUUCUGCCGUCGCCGCAUCUUCUUCCUCUGCCUUCUCCCCGCGGGUGCAUGCCCUCGUCCCCGAUAAAAAACCUUCUUCGAAUGCGCUGGAAGCCUGUAGAGAGCAAGAAAAACUCGAACGCGUCUUCCUCCCUCGCAGGACCGCUCUGUCGCUUCCCCUCACUCUCAAAUGGAUGGUGCAGCCUGGUGCCUUUGUCGUCGCCGGGCAAACUCUUGCUCUCCUCUACCCCCAACAUCCUUCUCCCUCUCCUUCUUCUCCCUCUCCUUCUUCUCCCUCUCCUUCUUCUCCCUCUCCUUCUUCUCCCUCUCCUUCUUUUCCUCGCUCUUCUUCUCCCUCCGCUUCAGAUUCGCUUCGCGAGUCUGCUGAGGCAGGUGCGGAGAGGGUGGCGGAGGAUGGUCUUGUCGUCUCAGACAAAGACGGCGAGAAAUCGUCGAAAGGCUUGCGCGACUCGCAGGGAAAAGAAAAAGACGAUGCCCUGCGGUGCUUCGACUUGCCCGCGCCCGUGGCAGGCCGCGUCGCCAGCCUCGCCAUUCCUGGCGGAUCUGAAAUCCGCGACGCUGAGCUAUGCGUCUGCGAAAUUGCGCCUGCUGCAUGCGCCCACGCUCUCGUCGUCGGUGGACUCUGCGCCAUCUGUGGAGUGGAAGUCCGAGAGACGCAUCUGCAGGAGAAGACCGUGCAUGCAGGAUUUGUUUCGACACACAAAGACCUUCGCUUAGAUCGGGAAUUUGCUCGGCGGAUGGAGUACGAGAGAAUGUCGACGUUGCUCGCGAAACGGAAGCUUUGUCUGAUCCUUGACCUCGACAACACACUGCUGCAGGCGUCUCCGGACUUGCCUCCGCUGGACGGUCCGCCUCUGAUUCUUCUGGACGACUUUUGUGCUUGUCGGCCUCCCUCGGCGAAGUCUGCCUCCUCCGCGAAGCCCGAACGCAGCAUCUCGUCCGCAGGCGUCGCCGCCCAGUCCAAGAUGCCGACCGUCAGAGACAUCGCGGACAAGACGCGCGAGAGACAGCGCGACGGAGAAGAGGACAUGCGAGACGCAACAACGAAUGGAGAGACAGAAGAUGUCGGAGACCGAGACUCUGGAGAAAGGGUAUAUGGCGAGGCCCAGAGAGAACACAAAAGCGCAACGGAAGAACCGGAAGGAGAAGAAGGCGUUACGUCUCUCGCAUUGUCAGACGUUCCUUCUGUCUCUUCUUCUCUCUCUUCUUCUGUCUCUUUUUCUCUCUCUUCUUCUCUCUUUUCUUCGGUUCUCGCUGCAGGUGAACCUGCCGAAGCAGCGGGUGAGCGAGAGAAGAGGGAAGGAGAGGGAGAGACGAGAGACCCAGAGAGAGAAGCGAAGGACGCAAGAACGGCGGACGGACGCGACGCGUCAAUGAAGGAGCGCGGCGAGCUCAGAGUCCAGCAGGAAGGCGAGAGCCGCGGAAACAGAGGCGAAGGGAGAGGAGAGCAGAGAGGAGAGAGGGGAGAAGGAAGACGAGAGAGGAGAAGAGGCGGACGCGAAGGGAGGAGACCUGAACGCGAAGGAAAAGAGUCUUCCGUCCAUGGAGAGACACAGGCGUCAAGGGGGACGCCCUGGGCAUUGAGGAGAGGCUUCUGGACUCCGACAGCCGAGGAAUUCUCGCGCUGGGUUGAUGUGUGUUUCCCAACUCGCGCGGAAGGAAACGAACAAUGUGUGUCUUCUGCAGGGGAAGGAAAGACAAAGGAAGCAUCUGUUGGAGAGGACCGCGAGAGAAGUGAGGAAGCGAAAAGCAGCGAGGAGAGAGGCGACGCAGGACUCGGAGCAAGCCGCGAUGAGGAAGCCAAGCCAGUUGAGAGAGGAGCGAGAGAAGCGCUGCAGACGGUUGGCGAUAUGGACGCAGAGAGAGACGUCGAUGGCAAGGAGGCGGACAGGACGAGGCAGGACAGGAGAGGAAAGGAAGAAGAAACAGAGUAUCCGCACUACCGCGAAGACGCAGAGGGCGAGGCGAUCCGGCAAACUCUGGAAAAGAGCGUUAUCGGUGUGAGAGUGGCGGUUGAGGCUUCGCCUGUCGGCGCCAGCAGACGCGCGCGAGAGGGAUGGCGGCGCCCAGCCUCUCGCCAUGAGGCAGGCGCUCUGCCUCUCCCUAGCGAGCAACAUAUCACCUUUUUCAAGCUUCGUCCAGGCUGUCUGGACUUCCUCAGACGCGUCUCUCAAACCUUCGAGCUGUACAUGUACACCAUGGGAACGGCUCUGCAUGCAGCGACAGCUUUGCGCAUUCUCGACCCCAAGCGCCGCUUCUUCGGCCGACGCGUCUUCUCCAGACAAGACGCUGUGAACGGCCUCAAGGCAAUCGAGAGAAUCUUCCCUCAUGAUCAAAAAAUGGUUCUCGUCGUCGAUGACCUCGAGUGCAUGUGGCGCUACAGUCCCUGCUGCAUAAAGGUCCAGGGAUACCACUAUUUUGCGGAUGUCUCGGCUGCAGAUGCUCGAAGAAUUUCUCCACACAGCUACACCCAGUGGCUUAGCAUGGCGCGGCCGUUCUGCAACUUCCUUCCUUCCGUUCAACAACAACACAGUCGCCGUGGCGAACGCGCGCGCAGUGGGCAAGCGUCGCGGGCGUCUGAAAAGCUCCUCACGCCGAAGCCUUCGCGAGCAUCUCUUUCGUCUUCCUCCUCUUCUUCCCCUUCUUCCGCUUCUUCCUCUUCUUCCUCCUCUUCUUCCUCCUCUUCUUCCUCCUCUUCUUCGUCUGCCUCUCUGACAGGCAGGACGUCGAGUAAGGAGCCGGCGCAGGAAGUGGAGGCGAGGAGAGAGAACGAAUGCGAGGAAAAGAUCGAGCUUCAGGAGCAGAGAAAUGGCGAGGAAAACACAGCGAGCAUGGAAUGCUUGGAGGCGUCAACUCCCGAUGAAGGCGGAGCAGAGGCUUCUCGCGGGUCAUCGAGCAUAUCAGCGUCCGCUUCCUGCCCUUUCUCUCUUUCCUCGACGUCGACGUCCACCUCUUCGCCCUCUUCAUCAUCUUCUUCUUCCUUUCCUUUGUCUUCUUCUGCUUCUGCGUCUUCUGCUUCGUACAAAGAGUUCUCAACACCGUGCAUGACGAGUGAGGCAAAGCGCCUGAAAGUCGAGGCUGGAUCUGAGGCAGAAUCUGCGCCAGAGCCGAGUGGGCAUGUCCGACAUGUUGACCAGGAAGGCUUUCCAAUUCCUGCGUCGCGACGGUCUCGCACCCGCAAGCAGAAGCCGCACUCUUCAGUCACCUCCUCUAGAGCGCUUGCCGACUCUCUUUCUCGCGCUUCCGCUUCUUCCAGUUCGUCCUCGGCUCCUUCUUCGGCUUCGUCGCAUGUCUCCUGUUCUCCGCAUUCAGCGCCGUUCUUCAAGCCGACGGUUGUUGAAGACUCAGAUCGACAGCUGCUCUACCUCUCUCACAUGUUGGGAGUGGUGCAUCGCAUCUUCUUCCGCGCAGCAGACCGCGUUGCGCAAGCUGCGUCUCUCUUCUCUCCGCUCUCUCCCUCUUCUUGCGCUUCGUCUGUCGCUUCUUCUUCCUUCUCUGCUGUCCCUGCUCCGACUUGCUUGUCUGGUUGGGCGAGUGCUGCGAAGGCCUCGGAUGGCGACGUGAAGAACGGUCGCGGAGAGCAGAGGAAAGAAGCCUACGCAGAGAAGACUUUCUGGACUCCCGAGGCGACCAAGUCGUUUCUCCACCUGCUGCCUAACGUCGCAUGGAUCCUUGACGCCGUUCGAGGCGAGACACUCAAAGGCGUAACGCUCAGUUCCUCCGGAGUACAGGGUCAGCAGCUGGCGCGCUUCACGCAGACCGACCUCGCGCGCCUCGCCGCCAUGUUGGGCGCGAACGUCGUCGACUUCUUCCACUCUUCAGUCACUCACCUUCUCUGCACAAAGGUGACGGACAAGUACAAUCAAGCCGGAGGCCUAAAGAUCCACCGACCUCACAUCAUGUGGUUGGAGAAGGCCUUAUACACGUGGAGCCGACCGGACGAGGCGCCUUUCGAGUUUCGACGCUGCGAGGGCCGCUACCGAAGUUUUUGGGAGGUGCCAGACUGUCAGCCGCCUACGGAGGCGACGUACGAGGCCGUGGAGGCUCUGGUCGAGACGCGGCUGGUGGAAUGUCAGGCACCGCGGCUGCGGGAGCUGACGGACUCCACAGAGGAGGCGCGUCUGGACGCGCGACCUGGGGAAGCCGCCAACCAUCGAACCGCUGAAUCUUUGCCCGCGCCAGCCGCAAGACUGCACGAGCUCGCUACGCUGCGCGAGGGCAAAGAACAAGCGGUCGACAGCCUGCAGGAGGCGCAGGAGGAGAAGGCGGAAGAAGCGAACGAGGAAGAGAGCGAGGAGACAGCUCGAAGCUGGGAUGCCUUUUGGGAGGAGGCCUUCGAGGAGGCGAACGAGAGCGCAAGCGAGAAGGCCGAGAAAGCGGAGUCGAACGGAGAUGCGCAGUUGGAAUUCAGAGAAUCCGAGGGAGACAGACACGGACAAGACGAAGGAGGCGGCGCGAACGCUGCCAAGAAAGUCGCAGAGCGAAAGGCGUAGGAGCGCCCAAGCCACCCUCGUCGAAAGAAGCGACGAACCGGAAGCCGCGCAUCUGUAGAGACGGGGAGAGAGAGAGAGACAAAGACGCAGAGACAGAAACAAGAAGAAUGGUGCAGAUGCAGCCGGCGAACAGCCCAACGAGAAAUCAAUAGGGACAGCGGAGUGGAAAGAGGCGUGAGAGAACGAAGGAGCCAGCUGAGACGAGAGUGGAGGAGAGAAUGAGCCAGCUCAAGAGCGAGCGAAGGAACGCGGAAGAAACAAAGGGUGCCCGAGGCUUGUCUGCAUGUUGAAGAUGGAUAGAGUUCCUUUGAGUCUCAUCGCGCUGGUUGCGUCGAUGAAUACAUAUGCUCGUUUUUCCUUGCAUUCAAGUUGUCAUGUCGUCGGCUGCACAGGCAGGCAGUCCGCGCCGAGAGGGACGCGCGUCGUGGGAUGAACCAGUGGA